AGCAGAUGUGUUUCGUUAAAAGUUUUACGGGUAGUGUUAUAUCUGAAGAUGGAUGUGUAUAUGUUGAUAACUAUUUUCGUUCUAGGCAUUGACAAUACGGCAAGUUUUGAACUGGAUGUACAGCAAGAAACAGGUAAUUGCAACUGCUCAUGGAAGAUACGUAAUAUCCACUAUAAAAAAGGCAAUGAAUACUUUGUUGUUAAUUCUAAAGAAAGACCAGAGUCUGGUAAACAAAUAAAAGAAAUUAAAUAUGAAUCACAUUCAACUGGAGAAGUAUUUGAAAUAACCAAAGGCUAUUAUACCGAAAAAGAAUUUGUGAUUUGCAUGGAUAAUUUAGUAGAUAAUGAAGAAUAUACGCUGUCUGUAAAUUAUAGUACUGAUGAUGGCUGCCCGAACUGUACUACUAGCAUAAAAUUUAGGACACCGGAAAAACUAAGGAGAAAUAUUCCUGUCUUCGUGGGAAUAGUAGCUUCAGUAUCACUAAUCAUCAUCGCGAUGUGUUUUUACAACAUCCGUUCAAAAUGUAUAUACAGGUACAUACAAGAAAUAAAAAGACUCCCUCUUCUAAGGUCUUGCGGAGUUACAGCGCCAGAAGUAAAUGUUUGUUCUUCAUCAAGAAGGUGUACAAUUAAUUCGAUAUACUUGCCGAUAGAACAUCAAAAAUUGGGGAGCGUCAAUACUGUGUAGAAAAAAUAGAAGAGGCAAAGUAAAAAACAAGAUGUAGAUAAUUAUAAUACGGAACGUAUACUAUUAAAAUUAAGUAUUUGGUAAGAAACUGUUUUCUGAUAUUUUAACUAUGUAAAAUAAAACGCAUUCGUUUAAAAAUAUAUAAAAAGUAGGACAGCUGUUUAAAUUUUACGAUAUUAGUUAUAUAUGUAU